AUGAAGCUCUUCAGCCAGAUGACGGCUGCUCUCACAGCCGGCUUCGCCCUGUUUGGGGCGGACAGCGUCAUGGCCCAGAGUCUCACACGCGUCAACAACUUCGGGUCCAAUCCUUCAAAUGCGAAGAUGUUCAUUUAUGUCCCCAGGAACCUCGCGGCGAAGCCUCCUAUCAUUGUGGCUAUUCACUACUGCACUGGUACUGCUCAGGCUUACUUCAGUGGCAGCCCAUACAGACAGCUCGCUGAUCAGAAGGGCUUUAUUGUCAUUUACCCUGAAUCACCCUAUUCGGGGACUUGCUGGGAUGUUUCUUCACGCGCCACCCUUACCCAUGACGGCGGUGGUAACAGCAACGCCAUCGCCAACAUGGUUAAGUACACGCUUCAGCAGUACAACGGCGACCCCACCAAGGUGUUUGUGACCGGCACCUCUUCUGGUGGCAUGAUGACGAACGUCAUGGCUGCUACCUACCCCGACCUUUUUGCUGCAGGCAUCGUCUACUCCGGCACCGCCGCUGGCUGCUUCUAUUCCCAGUCUGGUGGCACCAACGCCUGGAACAGCUCCUGUGCUCAAGGCCAAGUUCGUUCGACACCGCAGGUUUGGGCAAAGAUGGUCUUUGAUGCCUACCCAGGAUAUGAAGGACCCCGACCCAAGAUGCAGAUCUACCACGGCUCUGCCGACACAACUCUCCACGCGAACAACUACAACGAGACGAUUAAGCAAUGGGCAGGUGUAUUCGGCCUGGAUCCCGCGAAGCCAGAUGUCACCCAGGCGAACACCCCCCAGAGCCGGUACACCACGUAUUCGUGGGACAACGGAAAGUUGAUUGGCGUGUACGCCCAAGGCGUCGGGCACAGUGUAAAUAUGAGGGGAGCAGAUGACAUGAAGUUCUUUGGUCUUUGA